CAGGAAGUGGGGUUGGAGAGUAUUCUCAGCCAUCUUCAUCCUGAUUGAUUUGUUCCCUGUGCAUUUUCAGUUUUAAUUUUGCAGGGGAUGUCAUAAACGUAAGAAACUUCCAGGAAUUUUGUGAAACUUUCCAGAUGGUCACCUUGAAUUAGCCAGCAGCUGGGCUGUGUGGUGACCUCUUCUCACUGUAUCUCCUGUUAAUUUGUGGUCAUCAAGAUGGGUGAGGAGAGGCUGCCAGUGUGGAAGUCCUACUUAUAUCAACUGCAGCAGCAAGCUCCACAGCCAGUAUGUGUGGCAUGCCAGAGGCAGCUUCCAAACAGACCUUCUUUCUAUGGACCAGAGUUUCAUGGUGCGAUAUCACGUGAAGACACGGACAGGCUGCUACACUGUGAUGGCUGCUACCUGGUCCGCGAGAGUCAGCGCGCCCCUGGCACCUACACACUGGCCAUCAGAUUUGAGUCAAAUACCAAAAACUUCAAGCUUUAUUAUGAUGGACAACAUUAUGUCGGAGAGAAGAGAUUUGACAACAUAAAUGACUUGGUCGCUGAUGGACUUAUAACUUUUUAUUUGGAAUCUAAAGCUGCUGACUACAUCGCAGCGCUCUCAAGUCACUCAAAUUAUGAGGAGUCGCCAUACUUAGCAUAUAACACGGCAAAGAAACAGAGAGCACAGGCGACACGGAGUCGUAAUCACGUGAAGCGCAGAUUAGUAAACGAGACGGCACAAGCUAAUGCUGUAACACAGGAAAUAUCCACACUGGGGACUGACAGUGUAGACGCUGUGCCUACAUCUGACCAGGUGAAACAGUAUGAAAAACCACAUGUAUUCAAGACGCAUAAUUUCAAAGGUCCACAUUGGUGUGAUUUCUGCGCCAACUUUCUGUGGGGGUUGAUAGCCCAGGGCGUCAAGUGUCAGGAUUGUGGUUUUCAAGCCCACAAAAAGUGUUCAGAGAAGGUCCCCCAUGACUGUCUGCCGGACGUGAAGUAUGUGAAGCGUGUGUUUGGUACUGAUCUAACCACGCUGGUGAAGACACAUCAGAGACACGUACCGGUGGUGGUAGAAAGAUGUAUCAAGGAGAUUGAAAAUAGAGGUUUAUCAGCAGAAGGUCUGUACAGGGUGGCUGGUUUCCAUGACGAUGUGGAGGCUAUCAAGAUGGCCUUUGAUAAAGAUGUUGAAAAUGCAGAUAUCAGUUCAAAAAAAUAUGAUGACAUCAAUACUAUAGGGAGUGUGUUGAAGCUGUAUUUCCGGCUUCUUCCUAUCCCACUGUUAACAUUUGAGACAUAUCCAAAGUUUUUGGAGGCAGUCAAGAAGGAGGGUAUUUCAGCCAGCGAGAGACUUCAGGUGGUGAAAUGUGCCGUGAACCUCCUCCCUCCAUCACACUAUCACACUCUCAAGUUCUUGAUGAAACACUUGCAGAAGGUGACAGAGAAGAAGAGUGUCAACAUGAUGGGACCUGAAAACCUGGCGACGGUGUUUGCACCAACACUUCUACGUUCCCCAGAUAGUGAUCCUCUGGCCAGCCUCACAGCCGUUAAGUAUGAGCGCGAAGUCAUGGAGUUACUCAUUACCCACCAGGAGGCGCUCUUUGACAAGAGGUCAGUGGGGAAUGAUUAAAUCAGCGAGUCUGUUUUUGGUUCGAUUAAGACAGCUUUCUGGGCAUUCUGGAAGAUUCUAUUAUAUCUCACUGAAGCAGUGACAAAUUAAGAAUGGCAGACGUUAUUUUUAAUUCCUAGAAAACAUUGUGCAGAAUCAUUCAUUUCUCUUUUAUAAGACAUAAUUUCCAAAAAUCAGUCUCCUAUCAUUCUGCGGCAGAUGACAGAUUGAUAACAUGGCAUGUACUGGUUUACACAGACAUGGGGAAACUUUGGAUGUACUGAAGGUCUGGAGGAAAUCUGCAGGUUUCUCCAUGCCUAGUUCACAGUUUUCAUACUAAAAGACUGCAUUAAAUUGUAUGUUUCUGUCAAAGUGUUUUUAUAUAACUAUAAACAAAGAACCCGGCUUAUACAAAAGAAGCCAGAAAACCACUGGAGCUGGCCUGGCUUGUGAUCUGCUUGUGCUGCCAUCUUUUGAAGUAUUGCUGAUGGUAGAAAUAUUUCUGUCGUAUCACCAAGACCAGCGCACUGGUUUAAGGUGGACAAAAAAUUAGUUUUGAAGGUUUCACAUGUUGAUCAAGAUAACAGGUCUGAAACAGGUCUUCCCUAAAGAUGUUAAUAAAUGGGUCUGUCAGAAGCUCUAUGAGAACAAGCAGUAUAAGUCUGACACAACUUCAGUCACAUCAGCCCCUGCCUGUGGAAGACUGCAGACAUGGAGAGCUACAUUGAUAAAGAUUUUCUACUUUAGUGUUUAGAGAACUUCUCUUCAUAAAAUGUACAAUUUUUUUUUUUUUUUUUGAAAUCUCAUCAGGAAAAUGCAUGCUGCAGAUAUGAUUUUUUUUAUCCACCGGCACCUUUUCUCUCCUUGCUCAACUCUACAUCCCCCUCCUGAUUAUGGAAAGAUCCAUUUUUCCAAAUGUCUUGUUUAGAAGUUCUAUAUUUCCUUCAAAAGUUGUGUUGGACGUAUUUCAGAAAUUUACAAAGCGUCUUGCAAAAUUUCAUUCAUUGAUAGAUGUUGUACUGUUUCAUUUUCUUAAAUUAGCAUUUUCUCCAAAACAUUUUGUAUAACAUUGAAUAAUCAUGUGCAUCAAAACAGUUGUAUUUCUUCUCAUUUUAUUUAUUUUCUAAACUUAUGUCUUGAAAAUAGUCCCUUUUGAUUAUAUUGCAGAGCAAUCUUGAAAUAAAAAAUUCAAUGUUGUAGAUGUGAGCAUAACUUUAUAUAAAUAGUAAUAUAAUGGUAUAUACAAGUGAAAACAUAAUUAAUGUCUUAUAUAGAAGUGAUUUACAAUCAUGUCAGACUUUGAGAGAGAAAAGUUCAGAAGUGAAUGGUGAGCACCGUUCAGAGACCAUGACAGCUUGUCAACAUACAAACAUUUUGAAACCUUGUAUUUGAAGGAAAUCAUGACAAAGAGAAAGAAAGGCAUCUUGUGCUAUAAUGUAAUAAACUAAAUGUUACUGGAAAAGAAGGCAUUUUGUUUUAUUAUGUAAUAGUUGAAGUUUAAUGAAGCAGUAAAACUUAGUUGUCCUUGUUGAGAUCAAAAUCAUGACAUCAGAUGGGUCAGUAUGUAUUGUAUUCAAAGGCAAAGAAUGUUUAGUUUUUAUGUACAGACACUUGCUUAAGCCACUUAAAAUACUCACUGGUUAAGGUGUAUACCAGACAAUAAUGAUGUGUUAUAUGAUAACACUAGACAGGGUGCAAUAUGAACCAUUCUGAUAGUCAGAACACAGUUAACUACCACAAUAAAUACCAUGAACUGGUGGACAGAGACGUGGUGAUCAUGAUGUCUUAGUUCUAUGGUUAAGAAAAAAAUGUAAAGAAUUACAUUUUUUAUGAUAAGAUGGCUACGAUUUCUUGAAGGAUAACUGAAAAUAUCUUUAGCAGGAACUUCAUUUCGUCUACAUCCAUGUUCUCAUGAUAUGGUGGAAAGUAUUACAGAGUGUUGGUUUGGUUGAGAUUGAUAAGCAAUUAAGGUCAGAAAAAGACUUUUUCUUUCCUUGUAAGUUUAACAAAGUUGCUUCCUUGUAACUGGUUGUUUUAUUACUUUUCUUAAUCUUAUAGGAAUCAAAAAGUUGUGCUUAUAUAACUGAAGAAGUAUUACUUAUAGGUGUGUUACUUUUACUCAGUAUCUUAGAUAGCAUGGAAGUUGUGCCUGUAUAAUUUAGACAUAACGUGUUCCUUUAAGAUGAAUUUGCAAAGUGCAUUUUACUUUAUUUGCAGUAAAUUCUGACUUGCAGCUGAAGAAUUAUUAUAUGAAUUAAUUAAUAGUUAAUUGAUUAGUUGAAGGGUAAAGUUGCAUAUUAUAAUUUUUAUACUUUGUGAUUUAUCAUUAAGUUAACUGAUAGUAUUAUUAAUGGAACAAGUGAUUUUGAAAUAGAAUUUAUUUUUUUGCUCAAUAUUUUCUGUAGAUUUUAAUGGAGGUGCAAGGAAUUUUCAAUUCAUUAAAAGAACAUACUUCUUUUUGCUUGUUGUACAAGUCUGUUUUAUGGCCUUCUAGCUAUUCUCAUUUCAGUUAUGGUGGAUAUAAAGGUAUUCAUUAUUAGAUUCAGAUUUCAGAGUCAGUGUCUAAUAAAAUCAACUGCCUAAAUACAUGUGUAUCAGUCUAUAAUUGUGAUGAAAAUUUGUUUGAAAGAUUUCUUGUAGUUUAGUUUGAUUCUUUUCCUAUUAAUGCUUAAUGGAAGAAUAUAUUAUUUCAGUUGAAAUUCAGUGUAACUGUAUUGUGGAUGUAACACUUUUAAAAUAAACCAAAAAGAUCUUCAAUAUUAGAUAAUCAUCACAACUUUGCUACAAUGUUAGCAUUGAACAAAUGAUAUUUAUGUUCGAAGGAUUUUCCUUUUGUCAAACUGCUUCCAGUUUAGCAUGAGAUAUAGCAUGCCUCUUAUAUUGUUAUAAUUAUUAUUAAUAUUAUUAUUAUUAUUAUUAUUACACCAUUUUUGUUGUUAAUAAUCAGUGUGAAGAGAAGACAUGGUGUAUGUAGACAUAGGUUGUCCUGGCAACCACCCUUUGCUGUCAUUAUUACAACUUCCACAUUCUAAAUGUUGUGUGUCACAUGUGGAAGGACAGACCUAGUAGGAUUUUGUACAUGUCAUUUAUUUUAAUAAACUGUUCAUAGAAGA